AUGUCCACCUCCCGCCCGUCGAGCAAGCUGUCGCACCCGUCCUCCGCGUCCACCCCGUCCGGCGACGGCUUCCUCCGCAACAGCGGCGCCGCCCACCCGCAGCGCACGCUCGCCGACGUCCGCGAGCAGGUCGCCCAGAGCAUCGCCGCCCGCGCCCUCCGCAAGGCCCUCUCCGUCGACGGCACCCGCGUCGCCGCCAUCCUCACCCUCUCCAAGCACGACGACGAGCGCUUCCUCCGCGCCGUCGCAGCCCACCUCAAGCGCUCCUUCAUGCUCCGCACCGACUACCUCUUCGCCGUCGCCACCACGCGCUCCGCCCCGCAGGCCAGCAACGCAGCAGCAGUCAUCAUCUGCGGCUCCGUCCCGCGCAUGGUCCGCCGCGCCGCCAUGCUCGCCGGCUCCAAGUUCCUCAACAGGGUCGUCGAGGUGUACAACGAGGGCUCGCGCUGGAUCGGCGUCGUCGACGACCUCGGCGCCACGCCCUACGACGAGGCCGCGCUCUGGGACAUCCUCAAAAAGUCCGCGCAGCGGCUCGUCGACCCCGCGCUCCCCCCGCCCGGCUCGCGCUCCGCGGACCUCAUGCUCUCCGACGCGCGCGCCCGCAUCGAGCGCGUAAACCCCUCGCGCGCCUGCGAGGAGCUCAGCGAGCCCGCGCCCUUCAUGCCCGUCAUCCUCGUCGACAUCCGCUCCGAGCGGCAAAGAAGCAAGUACGGCGGCAUCAGCGGCUCGCUCUGUGUCGAGCGCGGCGCGCUCGAGUUCCUCUUUGAUCCACGCUCGCCCCAGAGACUCGAUGUCGCUACCAGGUAUGACAUCAGGAUCAUCCUGUUCGACCAGGAGGGCGACGCGUCCUCGCUCGCUGCUGCCUCUUUGCAAGACAUCGGCCUCCUCAACGCAACAGAUAUCAUUGGAGGCUUUAGGGCAUGGGUCAAGGAAGGUCUGCCGAUGGCAGUCCGACCGCAUACCCUCACAGCAUGGGAGGACGAGGAGGACGAGGAGUCAUGA